AUGCAGGACGAGGAGGAGGAGCGCGGCGGCGGCCAGCGGGGACCUGACCAGCGGCGGCCUGGCGGGGACGGCGCGGCACCGGGAGCCCCGGCACCGGGAGCUGGCCAGGGCGGCGAGGCCGCGCGCCCCUGGGCCCCCGAGGACGCCUGGAUCGGCUCGCACCCCAAGUACGUGGAGAUGAUGGAGUUGGACAUUGGAGACGCUGCCCAGGUGUACGUGGCGUUCUUGGUCUACCUGGACCUCAUGGAGAGGCAGAGCUGGUAUGAGGUGAGCUGUGUGGGCCUGCGGGAGCUGCAGCUCCUCUGCCUGGUCGGCACGGAGACCCAGGGUGAGGGCCUGCAGACCAUCGUGCCCACACGCGUCUCAGCGUCCCUCAGCCACAACAGGAUCAGGGAGAUCUUGAAGGCAUCUCGGAAGCUGCGGGGAGACCCAGACUUGCCAAUGUCCUUCACUUUGGCCAUAGUGGAGUCAGACUCGACGAUCGUCUAUUACAGACUGACGGACGGGUUCACACUUCCGGACCCUCAGAAUGUGCCCCUUAGAAGAUGACUGGCACUGCUCACACUGCCCACGCAGGAUUCGCUCGGAGACCCCCGGCCCGCUCCAGCUUCACCUCCCACAGCAGGGGUGCCCCAGCCCAGGGGCUUCCUUCCCAGAGAACAGAGCCCUGCCAGGACGGGCCUUGGGGAGUGUUAGAGGAGGGGGCUGGAGAAUGGCUUGGUGGGGCCAGGGUCACCCACAGCUGUGCGGCUGCUGCCAGGCUGGGCUCCAGGGUGUCUGGGCUGCCCUCUGGCUCCGCCCCUCAGCAGACUCUCAAACCCCUGAGCCCGGAGUGGGCUUCUGUCCCAGCUGCGCCCUCCCAGGGAGGACAGGCUCUUACUCUGCUGAAGCCCGCCCGUCCCUCACUG